AUGGUUUAUCGGGAUGAAGUUAGAAGGCAGAUUGGUGAUAUGUUAGCGGCCGGUGUUAUUCAGAAGGAAAGAACUUCCUACAUUUCGCCGUUAGUUUGCGUAAAGAAAAGGGAUGGGAAUAUUCGCGUGUGUUUGGAUGCUCGGGGGCUGAACUCAAAGAUCAAGGAUUUGGUGAAUCCUCCCAAUCCAUCUGAAUUAAUGGCCAAUUUCAAACAGGGGCAAAUUAUGAGCACAAUAAACUUGACGCAAGCAUAUUGGCAAAUUCCAGUGUUGCCGGAUCAUACCAAAUAUCUGGGGUUGGUGUUCGAGGGUGAAACAUAUAGUUUUUGUCGGUUUCCAUUUGGGUUAUCUACUUCCACGGCAAGUCUUAUUCGAUGCUUAAAUAAGAUACUGGAGGGCUGUAAUGAUUUCGCGCAGGCGUAUGUUGAUGAUUUACUAAUUUACCCGGAGAACAUAGCGGAUCAUUUAAGGCAUUUGAAGACGAUUUUUCAGAGAUUUAGUGAUACCGGAAUUACAAUAAAACUAAGGCAAUGUCAGUUUAUCAGGGAAAAUGUACAUUUUCUAGGUCAUGUGAUCACCUCAAGGGGAAUUGAAAACGACGAGGGGCGUUUCAAAAAUAUUUCCGAUUUUCCUGUUCCACGAAACUUAAGAGAGCUGCCUGGGUUCUUGGGUCUGGUCAAUUAUGAACACCGAUUCUGCGCCGGGUAUGCCGAAUUGACCGUGCCUCUGUUGAAGUUGCUGAAGAAAGGAGAAAAAUGGCGCUGCGGAAGCGAUGAAAUGGAGAGUUUUAGGGUUAUUAAGUCGGCCUUCCUAAAGUCCAUGAUGCUUGUUCAUCCUGAUUUCAAGCGCACUUUUUAUAUUCAAUGCGAUGCUACCGCAUAUGCCGUGGGGGGGUAG